CGCACUUCCUGCUGUAGCCGCCGCCGGGUCCUGUUGGUGUUCUCGGAGAAUAAAAGAAUCAGACUUUAACUUCCCUUCUUACAGGAGGGACAACGCCGGACCGUGUGAGCCGACCCGGGAACACCGCGGGAGCAAAGUGCCGAGUGACUCGUUCAACUUAAAGUGAAUUAGUUUUCCAGGUUGCUUCAGGAGAUAGCGUUAUGGCAAAGGUACAAGUGCUGAAUGUCGCUGUGCUGGACAACCCGAGCCCGUUUGGGAACCCGUUUCAGUUUGAAAUAACGUUUGAGUGCAUGGAGGAUUUACCGGAAGAUCUGGAGUGGAAGAUAAUCUAUGUGGGUUCAGCUGAGAGCGAGGAAUACGACCAGGUUCUGGACUCUGUUCUAGUUGGCCCCGUACCGGCUGGCAGACACAUGUUUGUGUUUCAGGCUGAUGCUCCUAACACAGGGCUGAUUCCAGAGAGUGAUGCUGUAGGAGUGACUGUAGUCCUCAUAACCUGCACCUACCGUGGACAGGAGUUCAUCCGCAUCGGUUACUAUGUCAACAAUGAAUACACAGACCCUGAACUCCGGGAAAACCCACCUCUCAAACCAGACUACACUCAGCUUCAGAGGAAUAUUUUGGCCUCCAACCCUCGUGUCACCCGCUUUCAUAUCAACUGGGAGGGCUCAGCGGACAAGAUGGAGGACAGCGAGAACGUUGACCCGUCCCCCAACAUCAGCAGUAUGCUCCCUCCGUCCUGUAUACCAGGGAAGAUGCCACCUCUUGGAUUGAUGCCGGACAACUCCAUGGACUGCAUGUAAGAAUCAUCAGAAUAAAAUAAUGGACAAGAAGCUCUUCAUAUCCGUACACUCAACCACAUCACCAACACACAUUUGGACAAGGAGCCAAUGAAUGUAUCUUCUUAACAUGCGGACAUUAACAGGAAGCAGGGAUCUUAUUUUUAUACAGUGUACACAAAUGGGAAGAGGAAUUGUUACAAACUGUUUUUCUUUCUUGUUCACCCUCUCUUUCAACACACAAAUCUGCACAACCAACACUGCCUUAUUUCACCAUAAUCUCUAUCUUGGAUGAUGUUAAAGCUCAGCCAGAGGAAGUUUGAGUCAUCAGGGUGGGGAGACCUAAAGACAGAACCACCAUAUCCUCACAGCCCUGAGUCUUGCUAGUCAUAUUCAUACUCAUGUUGACCUGUUUGGUAUCCAUACUCUGCUGUUCAUUUUGUCCCCUUGAGCACAGAUCAAAGCUAUGGGCAGUGCUCCAUAUGUCAAAAUAGAUGUAGCACUAGCUGCUUAUAGUAAAGCAUUUUAUUGUUCUGAUGGUUUGUCUCGUCUGAUGUAAAUUUGCAGCAUCUGGAGUUCCUGUGGAAGCAAAUUAUCGGAUUGGAAAAUGGCUCUUGAUUAGAGGCCUGUUGUAAGAAGUAGCUUUACUUACUGUUAGCUGGAUAGCUUAUGCAGAGUACAACCGUGAUUCACCCUCAAGUUAUCCAGAUAACUCUGUAAAUCUCAUUCUUCAAACAGGACCCGAGUCAGAAUAAUGUUCUUUAAAAUGUUGCAUAAGAUGUCUGUCUGUAAUUAUGCACAAAACAUGUGGGUAAAGGAGAAAUGAAUGCCAUAUUGCAGUCCAGUUGAUUUAAGCAUACUGUAAAUAAUGCUCUCCCAGCGCUUAUUUUGUCUUCAAGAUGAGACGACGUAUUUUCUUUUUGUACUUACUAUAUAUUCUCUGCCUCAGUAUUUGUAACAACAGUUAAUAAAUUUUGUUUUGUGGA